AUGGCGUCGGUGGUUCAGUACGGUCGUCGGAGAGGAUUCAGUAAAAGUGAGGAAGCCAGUAAGAUAAUGCAGCUUCCAAAUCUUCAACAAGUCACUUUUUUAAGGACGGCUGAAUGGCUCCGGAUUCAUGAUGAAAUGGACGGCGUGAAUAAAGACACGCAGCGUACGAGAGAGGCAGCCAGACAGAGGGAAGCCCUGCAUCUGCAGUCACAGGAGAUGGUGAAACUGUGGCCCAAUACCAUCGCUGGCCAGAGACAAAGAAAGCUGGAGGCUAAAAAAAUCCGAGAGCAGAUUGAGGAGGAGAAAAGGAAACAGAUUGAUAGAGAAGAGGCCGAAUACAGGGAACAAAAGCGAAAAGAGGCAGUUGAAAAAGCCAAAAAUCCGCUGUACCAUCAAAGCGACCGGGUCAAAGGUCUAAAUCGUGCACUCCAGCUGACAGAGGUGCUGAAGGAGAGGGAGGCUCAGAUUGAACUGAAGCAAAGAAGAAAAAGUGCCACUAAAGAUGUGGAAAAGGAGUUUGUGGAGAUGGCAAAGACCAGAGAGGAUGAAACUUUGAAACAGGAGCAACAGAAGGCCCUUAGGAGGAGGCUUGAGAAGCAGACUGUUGCAGAAGACCUGAAAAAACAGAUGAAGGAAAAUGAGGUGGCCAGAGAAAAACAGAAGCUGGAAACCCAAAGGGACCGAGAGGAAAUCGAGCGUCUUUUAAAGGUCUAUCAGGUGGAGCAAAGAGUGGAGUCAGAACAGCAAGAAAACCAGAAGAGAAACCUCAUGGAAGCUCACCUGGAGCAUGUCACCAACAGAGACCUUACAAGAGCUAUUGAUACACAAAAACAGGAGGCCGAGGAGCAGCAAAGGAAACUUUAUCUCUCUGCCAAACAAAAAAUUACCAAAUUACGGAAAGAAAAAGAAGAAGAUUCAUUUAGAGAGGCUCAACUGCGCAGAGAAAGGAUCCUGGACAAGCUGACAGCCAAAGAGCAGGAAGAAAAAGCCAGUGAGGAGCAGAGGAUUGCUAAAGCUGUAGCUGAGCGGGAUGCAAGACAAGCCCAGCUGCAGCUAGAAGAGGAGGAGAGGAAGGCUGCUAUGUUGGAGUCCAUAGCUGCACACAGAGAACUCAUGAAACAACAGAAGGAGCAGAAGGACAAAGCAGCGGAGCAGGACAUGCGAGAUGCUCUGCAGGCAAAGAAGGAGGCUGACAGAAUAUUUUCUAAGAAACAACAACUGAAGGCAAAGGAAGCCAGAGACUACGAAAGGAACCUGAAAGACUUUAAUGCUGCACAAAUGGUAGAAAAAAGAGUGGCACAUCAGCGACUGAUGGAUGAGGAGCUCGAGUUGGAGGCGAAGAACGCAGAACUCAUUUUUGAAGAGGAGAACGAGUUUCAGCAGUAUUCAAGGAACAUCAUCAAUGCUGCGGCAGAGGCUAAGAGAGAUGUUUUUCCUCUUUACAAAGCUGCCAGAGAAGGGUUCGGAGGUGGGCACGGCCCUGUUUUUAGCGGCGUCAGGCCCAGUUAUCUUGCUCAGGACUAUACUGGUGCUCAGAUGCCCAAAUACGUUUCCAGCACCACCGAAAAUAUUAAAAAGCUCCACAAGGUUGGAAAUUUUCAGGAGGCAAAAAGGAGACUUGGAUUCACGUGGUGA